GGUAAUGGUGGUAAGGUGCGGCGCUGCGGCCACUGCGGCUGCCGUUGCGCACGCUUACUCAGUGUACUGUACUCAGCGUAUCUGCUGGUGUGCGCAGCGUAGCGUUGACGGUUGAUAUCUGUUGGGGGAGGUUGAACUAUUUGCCUCAUUUCACAUCUCUUUCCUUGACUGGUUUCUAGUUAUACGAUUGGAAUGCGUAGCCACGACAUUUUGCAGAACUUGAUGUGUAUACUUGGAGACUUUGUAGUUAAGCGCAAACAUGACUUCUAGUUCAAGCGUGAAAGAACUGCCGCCAGGCGACCCUAAAUUAACAGCAAGCAUUGUAAGCCACUUGAAAUCCCGUGGUCUUUUUGAUAAAUUAAGGCGAGACUGCCUCGGUGAUGUCGACACGAAGCCUGCUUAUUUGAACCUGAAGCAAAGAAUCGAGGGCUACAUCACGAAGUUCCUGUCAACGCAGACAUGGACUCCUGACAUGAACAAAAACCAUGUUCGAGACAUGAUGCGCCGGGAAAUAAACGAGUCGGGCAUGCUGUCGGCAGGUAUGGACCAUCUGGUCGACCAGAUAGUAAAUCCAAAGAUAUACCACGUCUUCACACCCGAGGUGGAGAACGGCGUGCGUCAGUAUCUCGGGUUGAGUUCGGAGAAGGACUGCUCGACCCAGCAGCAGCCGGUUGCCGAGACAGACUCUAUCAACCAGCCACCACCGCCUCAAACACCGGCCUUACCACCACUGCCGCCAAAGUCUGAAUUCAGCAUAGAUGAGACAACACAGGACGUCCCUAGCAGCUGCUCUCCCAAACCAUACACAGAAGCCUUGAUGCCUGAUGGCCUAACGGACUCGUCGUCUGAACAUCAGCUCAUGAUUGUGACAGAGAGCAAUGAGCACACUGAAGACAUUCCUGUAGAGCUGCCAGCUGAGACAGCUGAAAGUUACGAGUUCUGUGACACUUCAGCAGAACCUGUUGAUACUGCUCCAAAUGAGACAUCCGAGCUGCCUGUUCCUGGGCCAGUAGACAAUCUGGAGUCAGACUCGCAAGCAAUUAGUCAGAGUGGCAGUGCAGAUGACAGGCCUGUCACCGAAGAUGUCGAGCUUCCUGUGUCAUUAGAUGACACAAAACAUGACCGAUUGAAGAGAGAAGCUACCAUGAAUGAAUUUGACAGGAAGGAUACUGAUGUAGUAGCUGACAUGACAAAGAUGGAGGUCAAGCCCAUGGACAAAGACAAGAAAGAACGGAAGGUAGAUUCUGUGAAGGGCAAAGAAUUCAGUUCACAUUCUGGUAGGUUAGAUUCGCAUUCAAAAAGUUAUACAUCAAAAAAGACCUCUGAUACAAGCAGAUCAAAAAUUCAGAAGUCUAAUAAAUGUGACAGUGAUUCCAGUAGAGAAAGCAGAGAUCUACUGAAAGAACGAGACAAGUACAGCACAUCUCGAGACAGAGGAUCUUCAAGGGAGGAAACCCAAAGAAACAGGGCAGAUGCUACAAAAGAUGAGCGGAGCAAAGGAUACUCGAGCCAGUCCAGUAGAUCAAAAGAGAGUGACAGCAGGAACGAGCGAAAGCGGUCAGAUGAUAAGCACCGUCAUUACAGUAGUAGCCAACGCCACGAUGACAGAAACCGACACAGUGACAGGCAUUCUCGAGAAGACAAGUCCAGGGAUCAUUCUGACAGUCGCAGGUCACAUGGUGAGAAUAGAAGAGACAAAGACCGUUCUUCCACGAGAGACUCUUCCAGGCAGCACAAGUCAAGUAAGUCAUCCGAGAAACAUGGUGAAAGUUCUCGAAAAGUGCGAAGCCAUGAAAAGGAUAAAAAGCAAGCAUACAGUAAGCAAGGUUCAUCUGACAACAAAGAUGGUGAAACUUUACAAAAAAUGCCCUCUGAAAAAGUUUUGCAACCUGUAUCUCGCAAUUUAUUCCAAGGAGCUGAUGAUGCAUUAUUCCAUAUGCAGAUGCUAGAAACUUUAAGAACACAGCCUGCUGAAAUGAAUGCCAAUGCUUCUGGUUCAUCACAGCAUGACCAUGCAAAUGUUUGUCAUGAUACUUCCCUGGAAGCGCCAACACAUGUUUUGCAAGAAAAUUCAGAGGAAAAUAUUUCGUGCUGUGCGGAACAGACGGGAGCAAAAAUUUGUGAGAGCAUGUCUGGGGCAAUUUCUCGGGAAACUUCAUUAGCGGUUAUUGAUGAAAGCUCCCAUGGUGCAUUACAGUUAGUUGAAGCAAAGGAAGCUGAGAUCUUGAGGUUUUCUUACGUCAGUGACAAGCACUUGGGUAGCAGUGGAGCCGACUUGCAGCUGGUGAGCACCAACACAGAGAAACAAGCUGAAGAAAUGCUGCAUGAGGAGCGUACAAUAGAUAAUGAAGUGCAAGUGGAGAAUAGUGAGCAAGCAAGUAGCUCCAGCCAUGCAGCACCACUUGAGCAGCAAAGUCCCACAGUGGAGGACAGACCUGAAGCAGCUAGAAGAAAGACGCACUCCCCAGAGAAAAAGCGACUGAGGCGAGAUGCUUCAGAUGGUCAUGAAUCGGAUGGUGCCUGGUCCGAUGUGACAGUCAGCUCAGUGCAUACCAGCGAUCUGUCUUCCUAUGAUGACUGCAUCAGUGUAUCUUCGGGAGAUGAGAAUGACAGUGCUGCAUCUAGGGAGAAAAAAAAGAUACCACUGAGAGAAAUUAAGAAAAUCACAAGCAGCAGUAAUGAGGAUGAUGACCGCAUGAGCCGAUCUGAGACAGAGCAUUGUGCAAGCGAUGGAGUUGUGCCACCAACACCAUCUAUAGAACAGGCUACAGAACAGCAUGAAGCCCUUGAAUCAGCAAAGGAGUCCCAGCCACAAUGCCCAGAACAUUGUGAGAGCAGCAGCAGUGCUAGGGGGCUCUCAAACUCUCCAUCCACAGAUGUUUCUGAUGCAAUGGCCAAGCCAAAGAUGGGGCUCAGACGGACCCGCAAAAUUAACCCCAAGUAUGUUUCAGAAGAGUUCUCAUCCAUUUUCACGGCAGGCAAGCGGCCAGCAGGAACCAUAGACUUCAGUGAGCUUGCAAAGUAUGGGAAGGAAAAACAUCACGAGGAGCGGUCUUCAUCAAGAACAGAACAUCGCAAAAUUUCACGGGAGGAUGCUCCUGAGGAUACAGCACCAGCCAUGUCAUGUGAUGAGACUGACCAGCUUUCAGACACAUCAGUUAACGAUCGAUCACGGCGGCCUACACGGCGACCAAGUGGCGGUGAACCACGAGCUAGGUCAGAAUCAAUGUCCUCAAAGUGUUACAAGUCUUCCGACUUGUACAAACCACGACCAAUUAUCAAGCCAGGGACUCGGCGCAGUCGGCCUUCGUCAGGUGGAGCGGAUGCAGCACCCAAAAAACAGCGGGGCCUCAAGGUUUGCAUCGGAUUCAAGCGAGGUAGGACCUCAUCAGCUGGCACCUCCAGGCGGAAAAGGUUGUGAAGUUCCAAGCCCUGGUGUGUGCAUCACUCUUUCUGCUCAAGGUCACCAUGAAUGCCAUUACAGGUCUGCUGGCAUUAUCACACAAGAGCCCAACACUCACGUUUGUACAUAACUGCACACUGAAAGUCAUGUGCCUCUACAUUUUAUUUAAUAAAGACAUUGAAUUUACAAAA